AAGCAGUGAGGGAGACAUAGGAAGAGAGAGAGAGUCUGAGAAAGUGGGGGGAGGAGGGAGCGUUAGGACAGCCCCGUGGAAGGGAGGGAAAGAUCGUGUUUAUAUUGAGCCAGUGUCAUUAGACAGGUAAACUGCACUCUACACGGGGCGAGACACUCCGUCUAUCCCGGGACAGAGAGAGACAAUCUGUGUAUCGCAGGAGAAGGACGAGACCGCCUGCUCUUGGAGAUUUACGCGGUGUCACCCUGGUUCGUCUUAAGAGUCUCCCCGGUCUCCUCACUCUGAUUUAUAGCCGUCUCUCAGGUGAGUGUCGCUCGACUCACACUCACAAUAAUUGUGAGUUACUGCCAAUAAAUAAACCUGAAUAUUCUCUCAGGGAAUUUAAAACCAUUGUUUUGGGGGUUUUUUGGUCUAAAAUAUGUGAGCUGUCUUUUCCCACGGAUCACCGCUUAGUGAAUAAGCCCCGGUAUUAAUCGCACAGUGACUUCCGGGAGGCCAGGGGCCACAGUGCGUUCCGUCCUAUGAUUUCGCUGAAUGCUCUACUCUCAUUUUUGUUCUGCCUGACUCUGUUUAUCAUAUUGUUUAAUUGAAUAAUGGCUUUAUUUAAACGCUGUAUGGGAAAUUGGUGAUCCCACCCUCUGCGCAGGACGUGGGCGAUGAUAUAGGGUUAUUUACUAAACGGGGAACAGAGAGCAAUUUAAAGCAAAUUUCAUAGUUUAAGCUAAAAAAACAGAAUUGAGCCCAGAGCUGACUUGGAGAACUGUUCUGAUUUUACUAUUGGCCGAGAAUGUAAAAUUCUCUAAUAAUUCCCCAUUGAAUUCCUGAGAUUUUACACAAAGUAACACUUUAUGUGAGUGUGUGUGUGUGUGUGUGUGUGUGUGUGUGUGUGUGUGUGUGGUUUUUUUAUUUUUUAUUUUUUUAUUUUUUUUUUUAUUUUUAUUUUUUUAAUAUACUGAGGAAGGCUGGUCCCACGUAAUACCUGUUUUUCUGUUGCAAGUAGUAGUGGAUACAUGGCUUGACCUUAGGGCAGACUCUCUAAAGCAGGUUGUUAGGAGCUGACAGACUUGCAUAGCAUAGCUCUAACAGAGCUAGGGUGUAAAAUGCCAUGAUUAAUUUAUUUUAUUCCCUCCAUCUCUUGCACUAACCUGCUUUGCAGUGUUAGAAAAUAAUUCCUCGUUGUAAUGUAGAGGGUCACUGAGAACAACUAAUAUUGACCCAUGCUGCCUCAGCCGGUACAAAGGGCAACUUUAUAGUCUAUGUCCGAUACUUGGCGUUAGAUACUGAUAAGUGGAGUGACUGGAGGGGGGUCAAAUUGUACUCUAUAAGGCGAUGUAUGAUUGGGGGAGGGGGGGGCCAUCGCUCAUUAGGUUUGGCUCUGUAUGAUUGGGGGAUAUCGCUCAUUAGAUUGGGCGCUGUAUGAUUGGGGGAUAUCGCUCAUUAGAUUGGGCGCUGUAUGAUUUGGUUGGGGGGAGCGUCGCUCAUUAGAUUGGGCGCUGUAUGAUUUGGUUGGGGGGGGAUAUCGCUCAUUAGAUUGGGCGCUGUAUGAUUCUGGGGAGGGGGUGAAUUUGCUCAUUUAAUUGUGCGCUGUCUUUAAGGGGAGGGGUUGUGAUUUUUUUUUUUUUUUGUUUUUUUUUUUUUUUUUUAAAUCCGAUGAGGGGAUAUUUUUUUGGGGUGAGGGAUAGUGGGUUACCCAGUAAUAUGGCAUUCAUUGUAUAGCCCCCUCCCAGUCGAGCCGCUGUUUUAGAUGCGUAGCUCUGUAACGGUGCCAGUGGUUAGAUGUGCGGAUGUGGGUUUGAGAGUGAAUAUUGUGUAAAUAAACCUACAAGCACGUGCAGACAUGCAAUCCGUACACUGACCACAUUCACAUGUUUUGAUAUCGUUCUCACCCCUUUAAUCUGGGACCGGUUCUGCGCCAGCCACACCCUCCACACUACACGUGAGAUCCUGCCAUCCACUAGGCAGCAUGAGACUUGGGUUCACAGAGCGAUGAGAUAUCGGGUAUACUUCAUCCGGUUUCUAUAAUUAUCCCACUCCCUGCGUACUGGGAGCUGGAUUAAGCCAUAUUCCGGAACAAUUACCCCCACCCAUGGCAAGAUACAAAACAAACUAUGUUAAGCCCUGUACAUUUAAAUAACUGGAGUGAUUUUUAAUAUAACUCCAAUGGCCAUUAGGUGUUGACUCACCUGCCACGUCAAGGCAAACCUCUAAGGUGGGUCCUACACUAACAAUUCACCUUGCUUCCUUCAGCUUCAGCAACGACCAUGGUACUCAUCAUUCCAAUACAUAGAAUAAAAAUAGUCUGUCCGCACCACAGCCAUUAGUGCUGCUGUCAUAUAAAUGUCAGGAAUUUUUUUAUUUUGUCAAGUUUCACUACAAUCUAGUGUUUAGUGAAUAACUUUUUCCAAAUAAAUAAGGAGUUACAGGUUACAUUGUGAAGGGUCCUGAUGGAGGAUGUCAGAAUGUCUGGGCUGUGGAUGUGGUAGCUGAUUCCUGGGUGACGAUGUCUUCUUGUUGGAGAGAACUUUCUAAUUGCCCCUAAGUUUCCUAGAGAGUAUGCUUAUUCUGGUUGUAAUGGAACCUUCUGUUAAUGGAUGCUUCCUAGCUUGUGCCGAGGACCACAAGCACCGCACCGGACACCACAACCGCCGUAGCUUAACUGGAGCCUCGCCGUCAUGUGUCCACCCUGGAUCAGCUUCUGUCCUCCAGGACCGUGUGGGGAAGACCUCUCCUCCAGGAGAGCGUAACACGAACAGCUCUUAAAAGAGCGAAGUGAUUACAAGCUCAAGAGAGUAUGCAGAGCAUAGCAAUCCCCAGUGUGAUAUAGCAGUUCCCUCCAAUAAGGAGACAAGACUACGUGUUGAGGGUCAAGAAGAUCUGGUUUAACUGGUACUAAAGGGCCUUCUUUUAUGUAGGUUUUCCCUACAUAGGACCACCCACAUGGUUUUACAGCACAACCAAUAACACACAUACAUUACAGAAAACACUCCCAGCGAUUACCCACAAAAUCCUCCCCUCUGCCUGUGAUCUAAUUGGAUCUAAUUAUGGUACACAAUGGUUAACAUAAUUAACACAGGCAGGAAAAAAACAGUUUUCAUACAUGUACUAUAACUUUGAAAAUAUACGUCCAAUCUUCAUCUUCAAAAUUACAUAUUCAGAAUCAGCAUACUUUAAACAUAAACACUCUCAAAAAUCACACAAAUCCAUCCAGUGAAUAAAAAGUUAGACGGAAGUCCUUUAUGACCGACCGCAAGCACAUUUUCCUGCCCAAAACCGUUCCAUAGAUUUGGGCUGUGCGGUCGGUCUAUUUCAGCCCAUCGCCAAAUGGGACUUGGUCUCUGCGGCUGAAAGUUCAGUAUGGGAGAAGGUCUUUAAGGGGAGGGGUUAAGGGGAGGGGUUGUCAGCGGUGUUCACGGAAACGUGUAGCCGAUUUUUAGUUCUAUGAAUUUGGCUGCACACACCGCUGACCGUAUUUGAAUGAAUAAAGAUGGCGCCGCCACAUGUUCGUUUGCGCAAACGGCGGCCCCCCAGCGUUUGGCAAUUUACCUACAGCAGGCUCCCAGCAUGGGAGGUAAAUUGCCUGCACACUUCCACUUCUGGGUGGUCCGCCUGUGUGGUACUUGGUUCAUAAAGCCCCAUUUACUGAACCAAGUGGGAAAUAGCCAGGAACAAAGGGUUUUAACCAAGUCUGGGGACACAGUCUUAAAGGAGCAUUGUCCCAAAAAUGUGCAUAAAGGGCCAGCACCAGUCCCAUAAAAAGUCCAUAAGCCCCAUUAUGCUCACAGACUGUUCUUAAAGGGCCAUACACAGUCCAAUAAAAGUCUAUACGCCCAAACGCUGGUUUAAGAGGGUACAAUCUCCCAGGCAGGCAAGCAGGCCUCUCCAGGACAAAGUGGCGAAGGGCACUUCGUCACACUGGUCCCCAGGGGCUGGGUGACAUGCUGGGUGGGCAACACUAGCAGUGAAUUCCUCUACCAGUGUAACCGUAGGGCCAGCAAAGGAAAUGUAGCCGGCCACACAGACCAGGAUUCCACAGGAAGAACUUCCAGAUUAUAUGGUAAAACAAGCACAGAAUAAACUCUCAGUCCACCAAGGCCAAACACACUAUCUCUUGAUUAACUUAGGUUAACCCUUAAUAGUAUGUUCCUAUAAGACUUAAAGGGACACUCCACAAAUACAAAUAUAUGUCACUGUUUAGUAGAUUAACUUCUGAUAGUGAGGAUUUUUUUUCCAUCCGGAAUUUCCCCUUGCCAUUGUCCUUUUUGUAUUAAUUUGCAACUCUCUGUAUUUCUCCUUGCCCACCAAACCAUAUGGUGAAGAGUCCCCAAUGAAUGAGACAAGAUAAUAUUCAAAGUGACUUCUAACAUUUAACAGACUGUGUAACAGGUUAUGUUCAAGAGGAAACAGGGGUGGUCGUUACAAGCAUUAUCCAAUCUUAACAUCUUAACCUAUAGCAAGCUUGCAGGUGUAUCUUCAUGUUCGGGCCUUGCUCAAAGCUAAAUUUCACUAUAACCAGGCACUCCAAAGUAAUAUGCAUGCGCACUACGAAUUAAAGAUAUUUACUACGCAGUUUUGACACUGUUGCACAUAGAAGGCUUAUCAAUAAACUGCAAUCUUUAAGUUUGGAUUCAAAUAUUGUUGAAUGGGUAAGGCAGUGGCUGAGUGACAGGCAACAGAGGGUUGUAGUUAAUGGAAUAUAUUCGAAGCUUGGACUUGUCACCAGUGGGGUACCUCAGGGAUCUGUACUUGGACCCAUUCUCUUUAAUAUUUUUAUUAGUGAUAUUGCAGAAGGUCUUGAUGGUAAGGUAUGUCUUUUUGCUGAUGAUACUAAGAUAUGUAACAGGGUUGAUGUUCCAGGAGGGAUAAGCCAAAUGACAAAUGAUUUAGGUAAACUAGAAAAAUGGUCAGAAUUGUGGCAACUGACAUUUAAUGUGGAUAAGUGCAAGAUAAUGCAUCUUGGACGUAAAAACCCAAGGGCAGAGUACAGAAUAUUUGAUAGAGUUCUAACCUCAACAUAUGAGGAAAGGGAUUUAGGGGUGAUUAUUUCUGAUGACUUAAAGGUAGGCAGACAAUGUAAUAGAGCAGCAGGAAAUGCUAGCAGAAUGCUUGGUUGUAUAGGGAGAGGUAUUAGCAGUAGAAAGAGGGAAGUGCUCAUGCCAUUGUACAGAACACUGGUGAGACCUCACUUGGAGUAUUGUACACAGUACUGGAGACCGUAUCUUCAGAAGGAUAUUGAUACCUUAGAGAGGGUUCAGAGAAGGGCUACUAAACUGGUUCAUGGAUUGCGGGAUAAAACUUACCAGGAAAGGUUAAAGGAUCUUAACAUGUAUAGCUUGGAGGAAAGACGAGACAGGGGGGAUAUGAUAGAAACAUUUAAAUAUAUAAAGGGAAUCAACACAGUAAAGGAGGAGACUAUAUUUAAAAGAAGAAAAACUACCACAACAAGAGGACAUAGUCUUAAAUUAGAAGGACAAAGGUUUAAAAAUAAUAUCAGGAAGUAUUACUUUACUGAGAGGGUAGUGGAUGCAUGGAAUAGCCUUCCAGCUGAAGUGGUAGAGGUUAACACAGUAAAGGAGUUUAGGCAUAAGGCUAUCCUAACUAUAAGAUAAGGCCAGGGACUAAUGAAAGUUUUUAGAAAAUUGGGCAGAUAGAUGGGCCGAAUGGUUCUUAUCUGCUGUCACAUUCUAUGUUUCUAGUUCUGAAUUCCACAUUACUAUGCAGUUAUGAUCAAAGCGAGAAACACAGGAAAUAAGGCCAACAGCAGAAACAUACAGGAUAUAACACCUAUUACUUGUUACAUGAUAUUAUACAGCUUUUUAUUGUCAUGGGGUAUAUUCACUAAGCAUUGGAUAUAGAUAAAGUAUAUUAUUUCAAAUAGCUGACAUAGUAACCAAUUUUAAACAGACUGGCCAGCCGGUCAUUUGUAUCUUAAGCCCUAGGUAAAUAUAGGCAAAGUGUAUUAUUCCCAACAGCUUCCAAUGAAAACAUGCAUUUAAUUAUGCAUUAUCCCAUUGGGGUAUAUCUAAAACCUGCUUGUUAAAGCUGCAGAUCUCUUCUCUGCAGCCUUUGCAAACCCUCCCUUUCUAACCCUGCCCACACUUUCUGUGGCUGUCCAAUCACAGACUUCCCAAUGCAGCUCAAUGAGAAGUCUUUGCAAGGCAGGUGCUCUGGGCAAUUGCUGCCUCCUGAGUUUAGUUCCACUGAGCUAAACAAACCAGGAAGUAACCGGACCAGCUGUCUAACAGCCAGGGGAAUGUAAGAAGCUUAAUUUAUAAAAGUGUUAGUUUCUAUUUGUACUAUUUUGAAAAAAAUAAAAAAAUAAUUGUCAUGGGGAACAGGCAUUCCACACACACAUAGCAAGCUAAAAUACUUUUAGGGGUCUGAUGUGUCCAAGUAAUCCAUAAAAUGUCACUCACAGCCACUUUCUCUUACUGGAGUGAUUAUGGUGUACAGACGCUGUCCCUGAAGUCUUUCUUUUUAAAAAUGUUCUGAAGAGAUGGCUUUUGAAUUGUGUGUUUUUUUUGUUUUGUUUUUUUUUUGUCUGGCAAGCGGCCCGGUGGAAUGCUCUCUUCCAGGCUGGUAAUGUUGUACAACCUGCCCGCUAUCUCUGCCGCAAUGUUGGCGUAACCUGCGGUGGAAGGGGCUUUAAUAUUGAUCUAGAGAACUACAUGUCUGUUCGUCCACCCAUUGUAAAGCGCUGCGUAAUUUGAUGGCGCUAUAUAAAUAACAUAAUAAUAAUAAUACAGUCCUAGUUAUUUAAACUGUCCUACAGUGAUCACAAUCACACUGUUCUAUCUCAUGUUUUUUUGUUUUUCUGUCUCUUCCUCAUUCCUCUCGUGUUCAGACACGUUGCUCGUUUCCUGCACGUGAGUUUGUCACUGAUUCAGGUGGGGUGUGGCUACGAGCCAUGCAGGGUGUUCGAUACAGUGUGUCUCAUGAAGUGUUUGUGUAAAUAUUCAAUUGUGGUUUUUUUUUUGUUUUUUGUUUUUAAUUGCCCUCCCACAUUUAAUUAGCAAAUAUUGGGAUAUGUUUUUUAUUUUAUUUUUUUAAACGUGAUGCGUUCAAAUUAUGCAAAAUAUGUGUAAAGGGCAAUUAAAGUGUCACUAUUACAGCGAGCUGUGCACACACACAUAUAAAGUGGCACUAUUAGAGCGAGCUGUGCACACACACAUAUAAAGUGGCACUAUUACAGCGAGCUGUGCACACACACAUAUAAAGUGGCACUAUUACAGCGAGCUGUGCACACACACAUAUAAAGUGGCACUAUUAGAGCGAGCUGUGCACACACACAUAUAAAGUGGCACUAUUAGAGCGAGCUGUGCACACGCACAUGUAAAGUGGCACUAUUAGAGCGAGCUGUGCACACACACAUAUAAAGUGGCACUAUUACAGCGAGCUGUGCACACACACAUAUAAAGUGGCACUAUUAGAGCGAGCUGUGCACACACACAUAUAAAGUGGUACUAUCAGUGCAUAAUGUGAAUACAUAUAUAUAAAGUGGCACUAUUAUUGUCUUGUCACUAGGAGACCCUAAUGUAAGUUGUCCAUUUGUGCAAUGUCACUGAUGGCUACCCGUGGCUCUAGGAAGGUAUCCACAAAUGACCCAGCUUGGGUAUGUAGUGCAGUCUACAGAUUACCAGUUUGUUACACGGCAAUUGGUAUUUGAUUUAUUCAUUUUAAACAGAAACACUUUGACUCUUUGCCAAAUGUCAUUCCUCACUGUGAUCUCCUGACUCUGAGCCAGGUAUUUUAAUUAGUAUUGACUCUCGUCGGUUUCGCUCCGGGCUUUCUCACUGUUUUUUCUACUGCUGUUGUUCCAGGUUGUGAGAUGGUGACAGAGGAGGGGACCGACUGGCUCCUGGCCCUCCUGAGAGAGGUGCAGCUUGAGCAGUUUUACCCAAAGAUUCGAGAUGAGUUGAAUGUUACGCGGCCGGGGCACUUCGAUUUUGUGAAACCCUUUGAUCUGGAUCAGAUUGGAAUGGGACGGCCAGGUAAGAGAGGAAAGGAGCUAUCCCAGGAUUAAAUGCCUUUUUAUCACACCACCUGUUGUCCUAUGUUUCCUUCCUAUACACCCUGGUGUUACUCCUGGUGUUGGUGAUGGGGUAGUUGUAGCUGUGUAUGUACUCGGUGGUGGGGUAGCUGUGUAUGUACUCGGUGGUGGGGUAGCUGUGUAUGUGCCCUGGGGUGGGGUAGUUGUAGCUGUGUAUGCGCCAUGGGGUGUUGUAGCUGUGUAUGCGCCAUGGGGUGGGGUAGUUGUAGCUGUGUAUGUGUCCUCUGGUGGGGUAAUAUGAUCUCCUGCGUUCAUAGGAUAACAUGAUCGGUUUCCAUAACCUGUUCUGUGUUUGAGUCACCCUGUGUCACCCGAUGUGACCUGGUACUGGGUGGAAUGGGGUCAUGUGAUGGGUGACACAUGGUGUGUAAGAAGGAGUGAGUUGAAAUGAAGCUGAGUGUAAUCUGCUGGGUUCAGAAUGCUGUGUGUCUAUAUACAUAUAGAGAGAGGUAUAUAGAUAUUAUCUAUGUGUAUACGUGGGCGGCCAGUCUUAAUGUACAGUUUGUGGUUUUCAGGGCAGAGAAGACUUUUUGAAGCGUUAAAAAAGAGGAAGCCCCCUGUCCGCCCGAAAUCCUGGAUGUACAAGGUUGGUCUGAAUAAACUACCUUUCCUCCCUGUGUACUAUUACCUGUCCUGUUAUCACUGAUAUAUAAUGCAUGGAGUGCAAGACUUGGACCAUGUUACUAGCAGCAGAAAUAACUCGUCCUCAAUGAGUAAACACCAGCUAGAACCUGGCAAACUCUAAAUUAAAGCCCUGUUUUAAAAAACUAAAAAUAAAUUUGGUGUAUUUCCUGCUCCACCACCUCCAUCACUAGCCCCCAAUGCCGGGGGUCUGCCCGCUGUAGCCCCCAAUGCCGGGGGUCUGCCCGCUGUAGCCCCAAUGCCCGCAUAAGUCCUGUCUCCAAUCAAACAGUCUGCAAAUUCAUGAAGAUUAAUUUAAAAUUCUCACUAUCAAACACCAAAAAUAAAAGCUAUCUUUUGUGAAAAUCUCUAUUUAAUUUCUAACGUUGUAAGAUGACCUUGUUGUCUGCGUGUUGGAUGAUGAAAUACAUUUUACUUAUAACGGUCUAUUUGUUCUACUAGGUUUUCUCUGCAAAAGCAGCUGAUCAGGUGGACUCUCCCCCGUAUCCAGACUCCCCCCAGUCUCUGUCCUCUCACCCUCGAAGUGACUCUGACUGUUCCCUUAAAUGUCUGAUCAAUGAGCGGGACCUGAGCCUGUUUGAGCGGCUUGGGGAUGGCUGUUUUGGGGUAGUGAGGAGAGGCGAGUGGCGGGUGCCCAGUGGGCGGACGGUGAGUAUAUAAACCUACAAAACUGUGUAACCAGUGAGCCAAGCUUAUUUUGUUAGAUUAAUUAUGAAGAGAUUAUUCUACUGUAUAACAAUUCUCAGAAAAGAUUGUUAAAGGAACACUAUAGACACACAAACCACUUCAGCUCACAAUGUGUCUGGAGUCUGUCAUAUAAAAUCAAUAAACAUCCCUUCCCUGGCGGUUACCCAGAUGCAGAGGUUUUCUUCCCUUGGUCUAUAAACUGUACCAUAGGUCACUAUGAAGCAUUGAAAAGCCACAUUUUGUUUUGCUUACUUGUGACUCCAGUACCGAGCGUUCUCAAUGAGAAGUCUGCGAUCAUUGGAUUCCUGACACAAUCUGUUAGUCCGGGCUAGAAUGGGGGGCUGGCCAGGGCUGCAUCUUUUACCGUUUUGAUAUAUGCACCCAAAACAAAAAAAUUACAUGUUUUCAUUGAUGGAAUUUAUCUACUAAACUGAAAAUUUUAUAUAUUUUUCCCUAAUGGAUUGUCCCUUUAAAUACAUUGUUCCCCAACAGGUAAGCAUUGCAGUAAAAUCUUUGCGCACAGACGCCUGCUCUGACCCACAAGCACUUCUCGAUUUUCUCCAAGAGGUGAAUUCGAUGUACGCACUGGACCACCCCCACCUUAUUCGCCUGUACGGAGUGGUGCUGACACAGCCACUAAAAAUGGUGAGUUUGAGAAAAGUGUUUUCUGCAAUGUAAGCCCCUUUUAUUACCUUCCUUCUACUAGAGGGAGACUGGCUACUUGUGAGGCUUCCCCAUAAUAGGACCUGUAUGUUUCUCCACUAGGUGACGGAGUUGGCUCCAUUGGGUUCUCUGCAGGACGCUCUUCACUCUCGAUAUGGUGCCUUCUCUCUCCAGCUCCUCUGGAGCUAUUCCCUGCAAAUUGCCUCUGGGAUGAGCUACUUGGAGUCUCGGAAAUUCAUCCACCGGGAUCUUGCUGCUAGGAAUAUUCUAGUGACAAGUGAGGACGUGGUAAAGAUUGGGGACUUCGGACUCAUGAGAGCACUUGCUGGUCACAAUGACCAUUACAUCAUGUCCGCUAACCGCAAGAUACCUUUUGCUUGGUAAGCGGUAAAUGAAAGCAUUAGAGGGGGUGGGGGUAAGGAGUCUGUGGUGGAAAUGGCAGAUAGGGAGAGUAUGAACAUUGAACUUGGUGGUAGUAGGUGGAUAACGUUAAGCUUAACAUGAACACGGUCGAUGACAAAGGACGAUGGGCAGCAUGACACCCUCCAGGGUGUUCGUGUAGCUUAGCCCCAAUCACACACCCUCCCUUCCUGUAGGGAGUUGUUAGAUUUUUAGAAAAGAGACUCUCUAAUACCUUCUCUGCUGUGCAGGUGCUCCCCUGAAAGUCUGAAGAUUGGAACUUUUUCUCACCCGUCGGAUGUCUGGAUGUUUGGAGUCACCUUGUGGGAGAUGUUCACAUAUGGGCAGGAGCCCUGGCUGGGCUUGAGUGGGAGACAGGUAAUGCAUUACUCACCUCAUACUUUAAUAUGAUCCCACCUUGGAAGGAAAGCUAUAUUGCUGGUGUGAUAUCUGUGCUGGUGUGAUAUCUGACUUGUUACUUCUGUUACUGUAGAUAUUGAUGAAAAUUGACCGUGAGGGGGAACGUUUGGAGCGGCCCGAUGAUUGUCCACAUGCUUUGUAUUCAGUCAUGACAAAAUGCUGGGCACACAGACCAGACCACAGGCCUAACUUCAACAGCCUGAUUGGAUUGCUGCAGGAGGUGAGUUGAGCUCUGCUAUCAGGCGACUAGGAAGUGAUGAACAGUGGGAGAUAUAUUAAGUUCUUUCUUCUUUCUCCAGGCACGGCCACUGGAUGUCAGAGUAUCUCACGAUGUGAAUGACCCAGCCUGGCUGCGUCUGGAAGCUGGUGAUAUUGUGACCAUUGUCAACACAGGGUAAGUCUAUAUAUAGUCAUGCUUAGCUUCAGCAAUUUUUAGGACAGUCCCCAAAGCUCCUACCUGUUGCUGAGGGCAUAUCUUCCAGUAAGUGGCUGCCAUUCCUUCAGGGCUAAGCACUAGUUGGUUUAGGGGAUACAAUAUGAAAUAACAAAAGUAAUGAAAUCUAAUAUAAGAUGUCUGAGAUUCAGGCACACGGAGAUGGCUUGAAUCCAUGUUACUGUUGAAUGCGGUAUUGGCUAAUCUUGGUAAAAUUGGUAUCACAAAUACAUUGGAUUAUCUUAAUGAGACUAAAUAUAGCAUCUUAAUGGCCACCACUUCCGAGUCUGGCUGCUUCAUGAUCCCACCAUAUAGAUUUGUUUCCUUGUGGCUUGCUGGAAGUAAUACCAGAUAAUGCCUCCAGGAGAUAUGUAACAAACUGAUCUGUGAGUUGGAUCAGCGGCAGAUCCUGACUCUUUAAACUCUAGGUAUAGGUAAUUUAGCAAAUUAUUUAAUGGGCCAUUGGUUGUUGCGGAUCUUUAUCACCCUGUCUUUAGAAUAAAUGCUAUUGCCCUUUACGAUCUGGUUUUCACCCUUGGUUUGCUCCUCUGUUCAGGUUGGAUCCUCAUUCCUGGAGGGGACAGAACAGACGGACUCUGAAGGUGGGCUCCUUUCCUGUGUCUGUUAUUGCCCCAGAGGACCUUGCUCAAGCUCGGAGCUCUGUACUGCUAUCCAGCAGUCUGGGACAUUUGUCGCUUGGCGAGGGGGACGCAGAUAAUGAGUAAGUUUCUUGUUACUCCUCUUGUCUUAUCUCCCACGCCUGAGAAGCUUCUCACUUCAUUAUGGAUCUCUCUUAGCAGGAGGAAUAGAGGAAAAGAUGUUGGGCGUAGAGGAGGAGCAGGAGCUUCAGGAGUCAAACUGCUUAGGAUGCAACGUAAGUAGCAACUCUGGAGGAAAGGGGAUGUUAUUGUUUCUAUCAUUUAAGUGCUAUCUGUUGCUUCUCCACCUUAACUAUCCACAGCAAAUGCUCAUUUUUUACUCUUAAAUAACUUCUUUCUCCAGCUUUCCUACCCCCAUCUCUUCUUUUCUCAAAUUCUUUGUUCUGCUUCCAGGACUUACGAAAAGCCUUGAGUCCAUCUCUGAACUCUGUCCCCCAAGUGACCAGCACCAUGUGCCAUCACCCAAAAGCCGCGUCCGAGACCUUGAGAGUUCUUCUACCACUGAGGCAUCACCGCGAAGAAUGAGUGACUUACCCCCACGCCGAAUCCUUCAAAACCUUCGCCCACCAGUACUGCCUAAACCUAAGCCCCCCAUUGCUAAAGACAGAUUUAUUCCUCUUCCCAAUGCUGAUUAUCCAUCACAGCCAAUGUCCAGGGUGCACAAGGACAAAAUGUCCGCCUCUACUCCUCUUCUGAAUGUGGGAGAUGUCGGGGCUACUAAUAGACCCCCUCUAGGGGUUUCUUUGUCUGAUGGGGGAGGAAAAGGUUCAGGACAGCGAGGAUCAGGGGAAAAUGAAUUUCAGAAGAAAAUAAAAGAUGUGAGUGAGCUUUCUGUGCUAUUAUGUACAAAGUAAAAUGUUUUUACCCUUGUCUGUAUUCUAUAUUUUGACUGCAUUAACAGUACCCAUCCUUUCCCUUCUCUGUUUCCUUAGGUUGAAGAUAGAGUCCAUGGAGUGACCACAGAGGAAUGUCGAGAUGCUCUUCGCUCCCAUUCUGGGGAUGUCACACGAGCGGUUCAGACUCUCAAGGUUAGGAACGGAAAUAUUGACUAUCUAAGCAGAUCUGUACCAGUUGGUGUCAAUUCCACCCAUCCACUAUGCUUUCUGAAACGUAACAUUUCCUUCAAUGUACUACUUGGGAUAUAUCAUAACCUGUCCCAUAGACCAUGCUCACCUUUUGUAUGUCAACAGCCCAUCCCACUCAGAUUAUGCCCACCUUGACUGGCCCUUAAAGUGCAAUCACGUCCUGCAUUAGUGAUUACUACUUUCUUACACGGUUUACUCUGGUGAGGUUUUCAGGCUAAAUCUAUGAUUUAAUCACUUGGGAAAUUGUCCUCUAUGCAGGUGAUAAUUCGAAAAAAUUAGAAUAUCAUGCAAAAGUUAAUUUAUUUCAGUAAUGCAAUGUAAAAGGGGAAACUAAUAUAUGAGAGACACAUUACAGGCAAAGGAAGAUGGGUCAAACCGUGAUUUGUCAUAAGUGCGAUAAUUAUGGCUUACAGCUCAUGAAAACCCCAAAUUUAUCGAGUAUCACCAGUAUGUUCUAUGUAAAGUCUUCCACGGCAGUCAAGGCAAGCCCAGCUAUUGGGAGUGGCUCCUUAGCUUCCUGGAAGCUGCCUCAUACAUUGGAUCGCUGUGGCACCAUUUCCCUGUUGUUGGAUACCUAUGAGUUAGUCAAUGAGGCAACAUCCAGGUCCUUUGGGUGUCCCUACAGAGUACCUUGCAAUGGCUGGUUGUCCUGCAAUGCCCCAUCAGAGGCAUCAGAUCACUGGGACCGGCUGCACAGUGAUUGGGCACUUUGGCCAUCGUGUCGGAUGCUGGCACAUGUAGUGGCUGGCACGCGUGCAGAUGAUGCUGUUGAUACAGUACCAGUUAUUCUGGGUUAUGCCUGCCGAUAAGAUAUGUCUUUAAUAUUACCCAUUAACUUCCCACAAACCUGGCUCAGGUGUGAGGUGUCUGAAUAAGUCAAACCUCAGGGGAUGUGGCUGAAGUAAAGUUAAAUGAGAUUUUGUUUGUUUGUUGUUUUUUUUUUGUUUUUUUUCUUCCCUGUAUCUGCCUACAUGGGGCUUAAAAUAGUCCUGGAACAUUGAAAAGUUGUGUGUUUUGCAAACCCCAAAAGUCACGUCUCUAUGAGCAGAACUUUUGGUGAUGAGCUGUUAAAUCUGUAAAUAUAUAUACAUUGCUGGUUUUAGAUUUGCUGACCGAUAUUACCCAAUGUUACAUAUUUUUCAAAUGUUAACCUUUCGAACUGUAUCUCCUUGUACUAUUUGCACUUGUUAAUUGUAACACAUGAUGGCUAUAUGAGGUAUUUACAAAUUACUCUAAUUUCAGGAUAUAUAUAUAUACGAUGUUAUUGCUCUGAUACAUGCGGUUUUCUACGUACCACUGAGAAUCUGUGGGGGUAAAUGAGCCAUGGAGCUGUAAAUGUCACAUUGUAACUUGGUGACAUUCCAUGGCCGCUAACCAAACUUGUCCUUUAAAGGGACAAUCGCAGUGUUUGUAGAAAGCUCUCUGUUGUGGUGUUUGACAAGUGUCACCAUUCAGCCUACAAAGUAAAUACCGUGAUGGAAAGGGUAACCGUGACAAGGCAUGUUUUGUCAGCAGUUGAAUUCUGAUUCUGUUACAGAGGUCACAGAGUGGCUGGUAGGCAGUGCACUGCGCCCCCUUCUGGUGAUCUAGCAAUGGUGCACAUCUUGCUCUGUACAGGUAUCUGUUGGAUCUUUUCUUGACGGUUUAAUAUAAAAACUGCUGCUUCGUUCUCUAAAAAAAAAAAAAAAAAAAAAGGAACGACCCAUAUUUUAGAAGUUGCUGUACUGGCCUGGAAACCCCAAAUGCUGUUGAUUUAUUAAAAAGUGCUGUAACUUUACAUGUUUCUGCCCACACGUCAUCACUAAGGAAGUGUCACUAAUGGCUUAAUCGCUGACUUCUCUGGUGUUCUAAACCCCCAAAAUAUAAUCUUCAAAUCCAGUUGUCCUUGUGAACCAAAGCACAUUUUAGUCUUCCAUUGUGUAGAAUAAAAUCCAUUAAUACAUUGGUUUGUGAUGGAUCAAUGAUAUAGAUUGCUGUUACGUUGUUAUAACUGACACGCCAACGCCAUGCUGAUCAACACUGAUUUUAUUUAUUUUAACUCUGGCUUUGGAGACAUUGACGGAGAUAUUAGCAGGGUUAUUCUCUACAGUGAGACUUACAGUAAAUUCCUUGCCAAAUUAGCCAGACUGGAAACCAUUGACUUGGAUAAUUUUUCUGUUUUUGGUGUAACUUUUGAAAUUCACGUUACGUUCUUGUCAGUUCUCACUUUAGUUUAUACCUUGACCCAGUAUGCGAGGUCUCCCUGUGCUACUGCAUCUAUUAAGGUUUUUGAUCCUCAUGCUCCCAGAAUAUGAAUUGAGAAAUUAUUACAAAUUGCUUUGGCAGACUAAACAAGUGACCAGAAUCUGAGCAAAUGGUUUGCUCUGGCUAAUGUGAGUUUAUAUAUUACUUGAUGAACACUGUUCUAUGGAAUGUUUUAACUAAUCACCUUAUUCUAGUUAAACAAAAUUAACCCUUUCCUCCCUUUCUCUCCAGGUGGAACAGCUUUAUAACCUGUCCCGUUACACCAAGGACGAAUGCCGACGCAUUUUGGACAAAUGUCAGUGGAGUCUGGAGUCUGCGUCCCGCUACGUGCUGCGACGAGCUAAUUUUCAAUGAACAAAUCUGUGGGGUUUUUUGGGCCAGGAAACAAGAGGAGGGGUGCUGGUCACCUUCACAAUGACCAUUUUAAAGCUCCAUUAAGAUGGCCACAGUCAUCAUAUGUUAGAUGGUUAGAGCCAUUUGUAGAAUGGCUGAAGGAAGAGGGGAACUGUAAGAGCCUCACCAAAUAGUCUGUAUGGAUUUAACUGACUUUCUGGGAUGAUUUUGGCUCUAUUUUGCACAUUCCAUGCAGAAGUGCCAAGGAAACGAUGGCCACAAUAGUUACCUGGAAUUGGAUGCCGCAUAAGCCAAAUGCUCAUUUUACACAGAUUACUAGGUCACCAAUAAAUGCUAUGACGGAAGGGACAGCCCAGUAACCUAUAAGGAAUCAACAAGAUGGUGUGUUGUAUAACUGGAACCAAGGGGUCGUGGCAGGGUUCUUCCGAGGUGGACAUAUGGCUAAUGAAGAACGUAUCAUACAUGCGAUUAUAACCUACAGAGAGAAGCCAUCUUGUGGCUGGCUUACAAUAAGUUAUGGUUCUGAUAUAUUACUGCUACAAUUCUGGAUGUCAUCUUAGCCAGCUGUUUAACUGUGGAGCUUGCCAUACUGUGUCUGCUGGCUCUGGUGUAUGAUCUGAGCUCAGAUCUUUUCUUGACGGUUUAAUAUAAAAACCAGGAACGACCCAUAUUUUAGAAGAGUGCUGUACUGGCCUGGAAACUCCAAAUGCUGUUGAUUUAUUUAAAAGUGCUGUAACUUGACAUGUUUCUGCCCACACGUCAUCACUAGGGAAGUGUCCAUUCGGAAUGUUACAUUUGGCCACAUACUUUGCAAAGUACAGCGACAUCUGUUACAGUAACGAGGAUAUGGAAGUGUGUAGAUUCUAGAGGAAUGUAUAGAGUAUGUGAGGGAUUCUAUGUAAAUGUAUUCUGUAUAAUAUACACUUUUCUAUCUGGAUUAUAUCAUGGAAAUUAAUAUAUUUUCUGUAAUAUAAAUGGUUUCAUCUUGGAUCAUGGUUUAUUUUGUUUAUAUUCGUUGUGUGUUGAGUUUACCAUAAAGCGAUUGGAUUUUAUUUAUAGAAUUUCACUGAUCAUACAGACUUAUUUACUAAAGUAAGAAUUGCUGGAGAUUCCAAGUGGAAGAAUCCUCCCAGUCUGCGGUUUUCAGUUCACUUAAGCUACUUUUUGUCUUAAAAUUGUUAAUUAUUUUUAAAUCUCAAAAAUCUCACUUUAGUAACCGCAAGUCCGUUAAUAGGAACCCAUGGUCACACAGAAUAAACGUUUUUGAGACUGUAAUCUCCCUUUAAGCAAUGUGAUCACGGUCCAUCGUUCCAGCAGUAAGUAGGGUGAAGGAGGUGGAUUGGUGCAGGAUAUCUGGCAAACAAGCAACGUUAUUGGGCAUUUUCCCACGCUAGACCUCAUUACGUCCUAUUCCUCUCCCAAUCCCCUGCCUAUCACUCCGACGGCUAUAUACUGGACUGCUAUUAAGGGGACUGCCAAGGCAGUAAGUAGGGUGAAGGAGGUGGAUUGGUGCAGGAUAUCUGGCAAACAAGCAACGUUAUUGGGCAUUUUCCCACGCUAGACCUCAUUACGUCCUAUUCCUCUCCCAAUCCCCUGCCUAUCACUCCGACGGCUAUAUACUGGACUGCUAUUAAGGGGACUGCCAAGGCAGUAAGUAGGGUGAAGGAGGUGGAUUGGUGCAGGAUAUCUGGCAAACAAGCAACGUUAUUGGGCAUUUUCCCACGCUAGACCUCAUUACGUCCUAUUCCUCUCCCAAUCCCCUGCCUAUCACUCCGACGGCUAUAUACUGGACUGCUAUUAAGGGGACUGCCAAGGCAGUAAGUAGGGUGAAGGAGGUGGAUUGGUGCAGCAUAUCUAACAAACAAGCAAUGUUAUUGGGCAUUUUCCCACGCUAGACCUCAUUACGCCCUAUUCCCCUUCACUGUGGCAGCUGUAAAUUAGAUACGAAUGCAGUAUUGCUGUGAUAUAUUAUCUGGUAUAUAUUUUUUUUACCCCCGGCAUCUAUUCUGAAUUAUACUAGAUUGUAUAUUUUUUAGGAGGCUUCUUGUCAUGUUGAAUAAUACUUAUGGAUUUAUUAUCUGGUUUAUGCACCAUCUCAUUUACUAUUUUUUAUUAUAACUACUGUGCACUGAAUAUAGCCUAGAAUUCAUAGGGAAACCAAUACUAAGUGACACUGUUUAAUCUGGCAACACGGUAUUUGUAUCAAACAGCCAGGUGGAUAACUUUUGGUUCCAAUCAUUUCAUGAUACAAGCUACCUCCAAGUUAUUAAAUAUUACAGCUAGUGUUUUCACUACCUUAUGCACAUAUUUGAAAGCAAUUGGUUCCCUUUUUAAUCACUUUUUGUUUCUCACUGUGUGUAACACUAUCACAAUUGGUGUUUAUCUGUGGUUCAUUUUUAUCUUUUGUGGCACUACUAUACGUCAUUGCCAUCUAAUAGUUUCUUUUUUUCAAUUUUUGCUACACAUAGGACCUGUAUAUCUAUAGUGGUAACCAGUUCUUGGUCGGAGACCAGUUCUUACCUGUAUAGACUGCAAUUGGUACGUACAUAGUACUAGCCAGUCAGCUCCAGGACUGUGGCUGCAAAAUGUUAAUUCAUUAAGGCUUAUUAAAGGACCACUAUAGUGCCAGGAAAACAAACUUGUUUUCCUGCAACUAUAGGGUCUUUGGGACCCCCCGCCCCUGCCAGGCUGAAGAGGUUAAAGGCUUACUGUUCUCCAGCGCCAGGCUCCCUCAGCGCAGGGGACUCUCCUCCUUCUGACGGCAUCCAUUGGAUGCACAUGCGCGGCAAGAGCCGUGCGCGCAGACAGUCAAUAGGAAAGCAUUCUCAAUGCUUUCCUAUGGACGCAAGCGUCUUCUCACUGUGAAUAUCACAAUGAGAAGCGCCUCUUGCGGUUGUCAAUGAGACAGCCACUAGAGGUUGGAUUAACCCUAAUGUAAACAUAGCAGUUUCUCUGAAACU